AUCCCCUUAAGGUAAAUUAUUAAUCCUCUCUCUAAUCUCUUUCCCGUUUCUUCAUCUCUCGAUUCUCCUUUUCUUCUACACAGAUCCUCGAUUCCGAUCCAACAGUUCGAAUUCAGUUUCUGAUUCUGAGAUUUGAUCGGCGAUUAUGGAUUCGAUGACUCCUCAGCUUCUUCAUCCGACGACGACCUCUAGUUCCGAUCGUUCUCGUCGUAAGCGGAAGAAGAAAUCAUCGCCGACGUCUCUUGAUUCAUCUCCGUCACCAUCGACAUCGUUGGAGAAAUGGAGAUCGGAGAAGCAGCAACAGAUCUACUCAACGAAGCUAGUUCGUGCUUUGAAAGAGCUUCGAAUCAGUCAACAACCAUCUUCUUCAUCGUCGUCUUCGGUUCCACGUGGCGGUAGAGCUGUACGUGAAGUCGCCGAUAGAGCUUUAGCAGUUGCGGCGAGAGGUAAAACGUUAUGGAGUCGAGCGAUACUAUCGAAAGCUGUGAAACUCAAAUUCAGGAAACAGAAACGGCAGAGAAUCUCACAUCCGGUGACGACGACGACGACGAUAACCACCGGGAGUAUCAGGUCAAAGAAACAGAGAGCGACGGUUUUGAGGCUUAAGGCUAAAGGUUUGCCAGCUGUACAGAGGAAAGUGAAACUUCUGAGCCGGUUAGUUCCCGGUUGCCGUAAACAAACAUUACCGGUGGUUUUAGAAGAAACUACUGAUUAUAUAGCUGCCAUGGAGAUGCAGAUUCGUACUAUGACUGCGAUUCUCUCCGCCGUCAGUUCUUCUCCUCCGCCGCCGCCGCCAGGUCAUGAUGGGGGACAAACACACAUGCUUGGUUAGUUGGCCAAACUGUCCUUUUAAUU